AUGCGACUUCGUGGAGUGUUCCGCGCAGCCAAGCUACCUAAAGGACAUCGCACCAUUGGCACGAAGUGGUUCUUCAAGAUCAAGCGCAAAGCGGAUGGAUCAGUUGACAAAUACAAGGCGCGUCUUGUGGCAAAGGGUCUCGAGCAACAAUAUGGGAUGGACUACACGGAAACGUUAUCGCCCGUGGUCAAGAACGUGACGCUACGCAUGAUGAUUGCAGUCGCCAAGCAUUUAGGAUGGACCAUCGACUAA